AUGAUGCCCUCGAGCAAUGCAUCAAAUGAGACAAACAUGGGCAACAGAGCCACAUGUACCGGAGCUAACACGACGCCCUUGGGAACAGGAUCGGAAGCCUCAUCAAGCAAGGCGGGCGCUGCAGCCAGAACCCGAAACCCUUUCACACCCUCCUCUUUAUCAACAGGUCCCCGACCAAACCGAGGGCAUUCGCAACCACACCUACCGGUGUUCUCGAGUAAUGACUUUCCUCAAGCAGAGGUCAGAUCGCGCCCGAACAGUAAUGGAAAUAGCAGUAACCAGUCCAACUCUACAGCGCCUCAAACACCUCAAGAUCCACCCAGAAGGUUCAACAUAUCUGAGAAAUGUAAGGUAUUAGAAACAUGCUUAUCCAUGAAGGAUGAGUAUCUUUCCUUGCCCCCAGCAAGCCACCACGACCAGGAACCGUUUUGGAAAAAAGUCUUAAACGACAAUUCAUCGCGAGAAUUAGUCUCGAAAUUCAAGGGUUGGAAACAAGUGAAAGAGUCCAUUGAACAAUGGUGUUACGCCCGAAGGACUCUUCUCCGAGAGGGGAAUCUGCCGCCAAUUUCUCCCGCCCAGCCAGAGCUGGAUACUCUGGUCGAUAAGUGGAAUACGGUAUUUGUCACACGUUUUUGUCAAGUGCACCGCGGAUAUUUUGAGAACGGUGUUUGGGCCAUGAUUGAGAACAGAGUGUCAUGGAUGGUAUCAGAGCACGUCGACAAGUCGAUCACGAGCAUGUUGCAAACCAGAAGAGAUGAGCUAGAGAGCUCUGUCCGACCAAGGCUUCUUUCUCACAACAGCUCAUUAACCGAGUAUGACAACGCUGUCAAAAGUGUUCAGGAUGGAUUUACUGAAAGUCAGCGGAGUCAUACCCAGGCAAGGGAGAGUGAGGCCGUGCUAUCGAUGAUCAGGGAGCUUCGACCUGUUUUAGAGAAUGCACUUUCACAGCAUCUCAAUAGCGCAAGACAAAAUCGUCGAGAACCAAGUUCCGAACAUCACACUGGGCCCGCCAUACCUACAGAACCGGCUGCUUUGCGAAAUGGCCCACGAGGACAUUCGACUUCAGCUUCCUCAAUGCCACAACGCCCUAUGUCUCGUGCUGUUUCCUCACCAACGACAAACGGCAACAAACGGCCCUUACCAGACUCGAGUGAGUUGCCAAGAACUGAAACUGCCCCUCGGAUUACGCCCAUCUAUGAUGACCGAAACCGACCAAAUGAUCAGCAAAAGCGGCCGCGCUUGAAUAGAGGAAGCCCCUCGGACGUUCCUUCACGAGAUGAGUCCUCGAACAGAUACUCACCCUUAAGAAGGCCUCCAGUGCCACGAACUCCAGGACGACCAUCUUCGCCUUCGACUCAAGAACGACAGAACAGGCCCAGCAGCAACUUGCGUAGGGACUCGCAAUACCCAGACCGCUGGGACGGUGAUGGUGAAUUCCGCCGUCGUUGCCCACCACGAGGGUUCCGGGAGGAUACUGUCGAGUUCGACGAGAUGUCGACUCGACGCCAGAACCAAUUGAUCAGAACAGAACCGCACACUCCUUGA